CUGAGUCAAUUAAUGUGGUUGCUAGAGAUCAAAUGUGAUCACAUGUUGUCACAUAAAUUUAAAAGUGUAGCACGUGCAGACAUAAAAAUUUAAAAUCGACUGUUCAAUCAAUACAUUAAAAAAAAAGAAUAAUGGAUAAAAAUCGCUCAGUUAUUCUAAGUGUCAGUGACAAAACCGGUCUUUUGGAAUUUGCUAAAGGGUUAAAUGACUUGGGCUUUAUUCUUUAUGCAUCAGGAGGUACAGCUACUACCAUCAGGAAUGCUAAUAUACCAAUAAAAGAUGUUUCUGAACUUACUGGUGCUCCAGAAAUGCUUGGUGGUCGAGUCAAGACAUUGCAUCCUGCUGUUCAUGCUGGUAUUCUUGCUAGAGAUUCUGAAAAUGACCAAAGAGAUUUGACUAAUCAAGGUUAUUCGAACAUUAGGUUUGUUGUUUGUAACUUGUAUCCUUUCCAGAAGGUUGUAUCUAAAGAAUCUGUUAGUCUCGAGGAAGCGAUUGAAAACAUUGACAUUGGUGGUGUUACACUUCUUCGUGCAGCAGCUAAAAACCAUUUAUAUGUAACAGUUAUUUGUGAUACAGCUGAUUAUAAUAGUGUUUUAAAAGAAAUCUCCCUCUCUGUUGAAAGAAAUACUUCAGAAGAAACUCGAAGGACAUUAGCUUUAAAGGCGUUUACCCAUACCAUGUUGUAUGAUACAGCAAUUGCAGACUAUUUUCGCAAACAGUAUUCCAGUUCAGUUUCUCAUCUUCCUUUACGUUAUGGAGCUAAUCCACAUCAAAAACCAGCUCAGUUGUUUACUUUUCAAAGCAAACUUCCGAUUACUGUUGUGAAUGGAGCACCAGGUUUCAUCAAUUUAUGUGAUGCUUUGAAUGCUUGGCAACUUGUUAAGGAGUUAAAAGAAGCACUAGGUUUGCCAGCUGCUGCAUCAUUUAAACAUGUCAGUCCUGCAGGAGCUGCUGUUGGAAUUCCUUUAACUAAUGUAGAAGCAAAAGUGUGCAUGGUAGAUGAUUUAGCAGAGUUGUCUCCCUUAGCUGCUGCGUAUGCUAGAGCACGUGGUGCUGAUAGAAUGGCUUCAUUUGGAGAUUUUAUUGCACUUUCAGAUGUUUGUGAUGUUUCAACUGCAAAAAUAAUUUCAAGAGAGGUGUCUGAUGGAAUCAUUGCACCUGGUUAUGAGGAAGAAGCUUUAGCAAUACUCAGUAAGAAAAAAGGGGGUCAAUACUGUAUUUUAUCUAUGGAUCCAUUUUAUGAACCAACUCCAACAGAAACACGUACUUUGUAUGGGUUACAGUUAGAACAAAGCCGAAAUGAUGCUAUUAUUAAUGCAGCAAUGUUUACCAACGUUGUUUCCCAAAUCCAAGAGGUUUCAUCAGAUGCAAUCCGAGAUUUGAUUGUAGCAACAAUAGCUGUCAAGUACACCCAAUCUAACUCUGUUUGUUAUGUUAAAAAUGGUCAAGUUGUUGGUGUUGGUGCUGGUCAACAGUCUCGGAUACAUUGUGUUCGCCUUGCAGGCGAGAAAACUAAUCUUUGGUGGCUUCGGCAUCACCCAAAAGUGCUGUCUCUAAAUUUUAAAAAGAACCUGAAACGAGCUGAAAUAUCAAACUUAAUAGAUGCUUACGUAGGAAAUACUAUUGGUCAGGAUAUAAAAGAGACCGAUUUUAAGCAAAGUUUUGAAGUUCCACCUGAAGAUUUUACUGAAUGUGAGCGCCAAGAUUGGGUUAAAAAACUAAAGGGGGUUGUGCUGAGUUCAGAUGCUUUCUUUCCCUUUAGAGAUAGCAUUGAUCGAGCAGUUCAGAGUGGUGUUCAAUAUGUAUGUAGUCCGUCUGGCUCCACUGCAGACAAAGCUGUAAUUGAGGCUGCAAAUGAUCAUGGUGUUGUACUGGUACAUACCAAUACUAGACUGUUUCAUCAUUAGAUUUUAUUUUUCUAGAUUAACAUAAAAAAGACAAGUCUUGAAAUAUUUUUGUAUAUUAAUAUUUAGAUAUAAAAUAAAUUUAGUAUAAAA